UCAAACAAGAAGGGAAGCUAAAACGGCCGCCUCAAUGAUUCAACAAAUCGGCUUCAUGCUGGGUGUAUUGGGACAGUUUUUAAUAUCUGCUGCUACAGCCAUGGAUAUGUGGAGUUUACAGGACCGGUCCUUCUCAGUCGUAACAAGUGUUUAUACUUACUCUGGACUCUGGAAAUCAUGUGUAGAAAACUCAUCUGGAAUGACCCAAUGCAGGCCUUAUUUUACCAUACUAGGGCUGCCAACUAUGCUCCAAGCUGUGCGGGCCCUGAUGAUAGUGGGGAUAGUUCUGGGAGCAAUUGGCUGUCUGAUCGCCAUCUUUGCCCUCAAGUGUCUGAAGAUGGGAAAUAUGGAGGACAAAGUCAAGGCUAAAAUGACGCUGACCUCUGGGGUCAUGUUUCUGCUCGCAGGUGUCUGUGGCAUUGCUGGAGCGUCUGUCUUUGCCAACCUAAUCGUGUCCAGCUUCCGGUUCACCACCUAUGCAGGAGAAGGUGGACUGGGAGGAGGGUUAGGAGGACUUGGAGGAUCUCUCACUCCAAGGUACACCUUUGGCACCGCCCUCUUUGUGGGGUGGAUAGGCGGGGCUGUGUUGGUCGUGGGAGGAGUUAUGAUGUGUAUUGCCUGCAGAGGGAUGAUUCCAUCAGAGGAGAAGAGACAUGGUUAUGGGAUGGCCUACAAAGCUGCGUCCCAACACACAACCGUGUACAAGGAUGACGUGAAUCCCAGACUGGCCUAUGACAAGUCUUUCAGAGCCCAGAGUAUGAAUGGAAGAAACUCCAACCAGCAAUAUGUGUGAAGAAUAUAAUAUUAUGUACCAGUUAGAAGUUCACUGAAACUAAACAAUACUAUUUUGAUAUUUAAGUGACAAUCUCAUGCAGCUCUGAGGGGCUUAGACGAUUUCAUAGAGGGUUGCUAUGAAGGAAAACCUUUUCAGGUUUGAUUAGUUAUUUUUCUACUUGGAUCUCUCUUAUAUUCUGUGUUUUUGGAUUUGUUAUUCUGCAUUUAAGGAGACAAUAUUGUAAUAUUUAAAGUGUAGUAAAUUUGACUAAAUUACUCAAGCAAAAUGUCUCCUGAGUGGCGCAGUGG